CACACGUUCGUAGGAGCAGGAGCCAUGGUGACACCGAAUGCAGCUAGGCAGAUAAAUGCGAACACGAUGCUCACUGCUGCCACUCGGCGCCUGCACUGAAAACGUUGAAAGCUAUUGCACUUACGAUGUCCACCGUACCCGUAAACGAUGGCCUGGGUUUCUGGACGGCGUGGUGGAAGGAAGGUAGCCCUAUAUGGCAACGCCCUGGCGUUUGCAGUCGUUUGAUAGAGAACAAGGAUACCAUCCUCGCUGGAAAAACGAAUGCCCAAGUGUUCAUUCCGCUCUGUGGAAAAGCGCACGAGUUAAAAUGGUUCCGUGACAUGGGACACCGCGUGGUCGGCGUUGAGUUCAUCGAAGAUUGCAUACGCGAAUACUUCCACGAGAACGACCUUGAGAUGGAAGAGUCCGUGUGCCCAGUCAUCAACUGCAAGAUACUUCAGACUCCGGACACGACGAUCAGAGUAUUCAUUUGCGACAUUUUUGACUUCAAAAGAGAGUGCGCCGGAUGCAUGGAUAUUGUGUGGGACAGAUCUGGUUUCACAUGUGUGUUGCAAGAGGACCGACCAAGGUAUACUGCCCAAAUAAAAUCUCUCCUUGCCGAUGAUUUUUCCUACGGCCUCUGGGCGCUGACUUACGACGCCCCCUGGUACAACCGUUCACCGCGAAGCCUGGAUGAGGCAACCAUACGCAAACUAUACGGAGACAUUGCAAAGCUCACUUUGCUUGACAGCAAAACCAAUGAUCGCCCGCGUUUCCUCGAAGGACGUGCCGCCGCGACUACAUAUUUGUGGCACAUGACACCGGCGCACAGCUCGAAGUGAUGGAUCUCGUAGCAACGACAGCUGCAUUAUUUUCUUGCGAGAAAUUAAAAAAUGUUUUUUUAUUCUUC